UAAGGAGGUUUAGGAACAAGAAGGGGUUGUUGCCGGUGAAACAGUACAGACAGACACACACAACUCAUUUUCCUCUUGCAGCUUCCAGCAGCGGUACCAGUCUGUUUUAAACAACUAAGGGUGGAAGUGCAGGCGACAGAAAGGGAGUUGCCUACUAGCAGAGGUCAGGCAGGCAGAGGGGAAGCCAGUGGAUGUUUUUAAGAGUUUGCUUAUCUGACACUGACAACAGGAUGAGAAGCUGAGCAAGGGAGGAGAGGGGAGAGAAACAUGGAGCAAGUGGCCUUACCUACAAUACAUUCGCAUAGGAAACAUAGGAAAGACAUGCACUGGCUUCUCUGAGGGAGGUAAAGAGAGAAAGGUAAAUAGUCCACUUUGUCCAUUCUGUCCUAAGGAGCGGGAGCGAGAGCCGAGGGAUCGUAACACUGGAGCUCAAGGAUAAACCAUGGACUCUGCAUACAUCCCACUACACCUGGACGUCCACCAUGUUCCCUGCUAACCUGCUGCUCCUCAUGGUCCUGCUGCUACCUCAUGCCUCGUCUGGUCGCCAGGGUGAAGACACCAGUGAGAUUGAUCAUGGCAGGGUGUCCCCCACACCUUCCGCUUUGUCACCAUUACUCCGGGAUCCUAGUCUGGCUCAGACCAUACAGAGUCUCCUUUUGAGCCGACUGGGGCUGCAGUCUCAGCCUGACCCAAGGCCUGGAGUGCCGGUGCCGCGAUACCUCCUGGAUCUUUACCAUUUCCACCAGCAGCAGUACCAUCUUGUAGAGGACUCUUCAUUUAGUUUCCCCAGCCAGCACAUCCAGGAGGCCAACACUAUACGCAGCUUCCACCACAACGAGCCCCCUGGAGAAAGUCUCAAAGCAGAGGAUCAUACCAGAGUGCACAUUUCCUUCAAUAUCUCCUCCAUCCCUCAGGAUGAGAGAGUGCUCUCUGCUGAGCUCCGGCUCCUUCGCAGUGACAGAGCCUCUUUGGGACCUGGACCCCACAGACUAAACCUAUACCUCUCUGAGCACCAGGAGGACCCUGAGCCCACUCUGGUGGACACAAGGUUACUCACCAAUGGCUUCCACGGUUACAAAUUAAAAGGUUUCUGGGAGGCUUUUAGUCUUAGCGCAGAGCUCCUACAUAAGGCCCAUGCUGGGACUGGCAGACUAGGAUUUCUCCUGGAGGUCAGACCUGAAAACAGCACCACCUCACUUACUGAGCAGAACCUCUCUUCUGCUGCAGAUGAGGGGGCAGAGAAAUCAAAAGAGGCACAUCUGAGGGUAUGCAGAUCUGUGGGACAGGACGAUCAUAGCUGGGCCCAAGAGAGACCGCUCUUGGUGACUUAUAGUCACGAUGGCCGUGGACAACCUCUGGUCAAACAUGGCAGGAGAAACCCUGGUAAUGGCCAGAGGAUUAGAGGGAAAAAAGGAGCAAACGUUAGGUCCAAGAACAGCAGCAACGGUCUCAAAAGAAACCCAGUCUGGGGAAGAGCCAAAAAAAUGGGGUACACUGUGCCAGGCUGGGGGGAUGAUAAAGGAGGAAUCAGUUGGAGAGAACGGGGAAGAGUGAAAAGAAAUGGUGGCCGUUCUGCAAAACUGAAACGCCUUUCCCGUAAUAGAUGUCGCCGCCAUCCUCUGUAUGUAGAUUUUAACGAUGUGGGCUGGCACAAGUGGAUCAUUGCACCCAGUGGCUAUGACGCCUUCUUCUGCCUGGGUGAGUGUCGCUUUCCUUUGGCUGACCACAUGAACUCCUCAAGCCAUGCCAUGGUUCAAACUCUGGUAAACUCUGUAAAUGGAGCAGUGCCCCGGCCGUGCUGUGUCCCAACCUCUCUCAGUCCAAUUGCCCUGCUCUACCUGGACUCUCAAGACCGAGUAGUGCUGAAGAAUUAUCAGGACAUGGUGGUGGAGGGCUGCGGCUGUCGGUAGUGAGAUAAAGAACUCAGACCCAGGGACAAUCUCACGUGGUCAGUGGGAAAGAAGGAAAUAGAAGUGUGGAAAGGUAGACAGUGGCAAGAAGAGACUUUGGUAGCUAGCUAAUUGCAGACAGAGUGAUAGAGAUAAAUGUAGCAUAAUACAAAGGAUGAGUUGGGAGAGAGCGUUUGGGGAAAUGGGUAUAGUAGAAAGGGAAAGAAAAAGUGAGAAACAGGCAGAACCUUAUAUAUAAAAAAGACAAAUGAUUAGAGAAAUAGCAGAGCAAGAAGUUUUAGCAGAAAUAUGGUCAACACAGGUAAACUGCCAGGAAUUACAUUUAAUUUUUCCCAUUUAGCUACAAUGCAACUGUGCACAUCACCAACUGACUGGCUGCUAUUACAGCAGGUGUAUAUUCAUGUUUGCCACUCAUCUAGUGCUGACAAAACUGUCUGACAGGCACAUGCAUAUGUGCUUAGCUUUUUCUUAGAGAAGGGUUUACACAGUUCUGUACUGGUCUGAUGGACUUACUGAUGAUCAACAACAUUAGCAACACGACGAUGGCACCAGCAUGGCAUCCAGACUUUGUGACAGCGUUGUUUCUGCAGUAUUUGAACCGGGAGGAAGGGUUCAUAUAUUUUUUUGAAAGGUAAUAAAAUAAUAGACCCCUUCACAAACACUUCUUCAUCAAGCUAUUUAAAACCACAACAAUAAUGCUGAGGAACUAUUAUGCUAUUAUUUGAAUGUACUAUUAACACUAUUAUUUAAAAAAAGAGACUCUUUUUUUUUUUUUGUAGAUUUCUUUUGCAGACUGAGUAAAUCCAGUGACGGUUGUCUUGUGAUUAUAUAUAAUUCCACUGAAUCCUGAUUCUAACUUAAAAGACACAUUAUCUAUUUAAAUAGCUGCAAUAUGGUGUAUUUAAUCUUAAACAUAUUUAAAAUACCUGCACUCAAUAGAGCAUACAGCAUAUUAAAAGCCUGCCGUCCACAUGAAGUGAGUUAUGGUAGCUUUACAUCCAUACAAAUGUUCAGUGUAUUGAAAUAACAGUCUUAUCUUCUCAUCUUAUCAUUGCACACUUUUCGGUGUACAACACACAAUAGCGGACAUGAGUGGUGUUGCUACAAAAGCUCAACUAACAAGUCACUUGGAACCUCUAUGUGUUGUAGCUACUGACGUGUGUAACAACCGGUGUCUUAGCUAGCUGUGUCUGCAUGUGUCAAGAUUAAAAACAAAAAAAAUGGAUGACUGAUAUUAAAACUGGGACUUUAGUGCCUUUCAAACAGGGGCUAUAAAUGUGUUCUCUGCUGAGCUUGGUAAAUGUUUCAGUGUUGCAUUUUUUUUUCUAAAUGGAAACAUUUAAACAAGAGCUUGUAAGAUGUUUGACAAUAUACCUCUAAUAAACAGAGCGAACAGCACAACUGUCAGG